GACAUCAGCAGCAACUCGACAUUCACAGAUCAACUCCUCAAACAUGGCCCGCUUACUUGCUCUGCCUCCACCGGAUGAGUCCACCCUCAGGAUUGUCUCUGUUGGGAAAACUGGAAGUGGGAAGAGUGCAGCAGGAAAUACUAUUUUAGGAAUGAAAGCCUUUGAAUCCUACAUGUCUCCAUCUACAAUAACAUUAACGUGUCAGAGAAAAACCGGGAUGUUUAAGGGUCAGCAACUUGAAUUUAUUGAUACUCCAGGUCUGUUCAAUGCUGCUAAAUCUGAAGAUGAAACGGAGAGAGAGAUCCAGAGAUGCAUCUGGCUGUCUGCACCGGGUCCUCAUGUGUUCUUGGUGGUCAUGGCGCUGAACAGAUUCACACCUGAAGAACAAAAAACACUGCAGAUCAUCAAGAAGAUAUUUGGAGAACAAGCAGCAUGUUACACCAUAGUGUUGUUCACGCAUGGAGAUGAUCUGGAAGCUGAUGGAACUUCAGCAGAAAAUUUUAUAGAUCGAAAUCCCUCUCUCUGUGCUUUUAUCAGUCAGUGUGGUGGAGGAUAUCAUGUCUUUAAUAAUAGAAACAAUGAUUCAUCUCAGGUCACAGAGCUGCUGGAGAAGAUCAACAAGAUGGUUCGAAGGAAUGGAGGAAAAUACUUCACCAAUAAGAUGUUUGGUAAAGCCCAGCAAGUCAUGGAAGAAGAGGCAGCACGACUUAUGAUUGCAAAUCCAGGCCUGAAUGCCAAAGAAUUUCGACAAAUAAUAGACGAAUACUCCUGGCCUACUUUAAUGGCGUUUAACAUUUGGACGAGUGUAAAAGGAUGUAGUAUUCAGUAAUGUUCUAAAAAAUGCUUAAUGGGGUCAUAGAAUGAUUCUAUAGGGUAUUUGGUCCAUAAGGUCUCUGAAUAGGGUGUGUAACAUUGGUUGGGCUGAAAAUGACAUAUUUGCUGUUCUAUGAGCCCUAAUGCAAGCCCUAGAAUGUAACUACAGGUUUUCUUCCUUUUAUGGUAUGCUCAUGAAUAUUUAGAUAAGCUGUGCGCUGAUUGGUUGGUUUACAACGGGUGAAGCUGCUGAGAAAAGACGCAUUAUAGCAACAAGCACUCACUCACUGAAACGUCAAAGUGUUGAUAUGGUAGGGUGACCAGACAUCCUCUUUUUCCUGGACAUGUCCUACUUUUCAUAGCUAAAAAAAUGUCAAGGGGCGAAUUUCAAAAUUGUCGUGGAUUUUGGUCGACUACGGUGCAGCACAUAGUCGAAACACACCGGGCCCUUGAACAGAGCCAUCAGCUCCGGGGACGGGGGCAGGGAGCCAGAGAGGGACGGAGUGACCGAACCUGACCCGGUGA